AUGGUCUUACGCCUUUGCUGAUCACAGCGCGUAGCCCCGCCCCCUCCCUCUGGCCGGAGCCGAGAGUGCGCGGCCGCCCACCGGAGCUGAGCUCCACCAAUUGGCAAAAUGCUGGGAUUGCUGAAAUUGCCGAUUAUAGUCACUGUGCACGUUGAUGUGGUUUUAACCAUUCUUACUGCCCUGGGAAUUGGAAGUAGAUUGUGGGGACUGUCGUACCCCAGAGCUGUAGUGUUCGAUGAAGUUUAUUAUGGACAGUUUGUCUCCUUGUACAUGAAACAAAUGUUUUUUAUUGACGACAGCGGACCUCCUCUUGGUCACAUGAUUCUGGCCUUUGGAGCAUAUUUUGGUGGCUUUGAUGGGAACUUCGCUUGGAACAGAAUUGGUGCAGAAUACACGGGGAAUGUCCCAGUUUGGAACCUGAGGUUUCUCCCAGCUCUGGCUGGUGCACUGUGCAUCUCGCUGGCAUACCAAAUCGUAGUAGAGCUCAAGUAUUCACACUUCUCAGCUCUUAUUGCUGCUCUCCUUAUUAUGUUCGAAAACUCCUUAAUAACCCAGUCAAGGUUUAUGCUUCUGGAAUCCAUUCUCAUUUUCUUUGUCCUGUUGGCAGUUUUGUCUUAUCUGAAAUUCUACAAUAUGCAGAAAGACAGCUCGUUCUCGUUGAGGUGGUGGUUUUGGCUUUUCCUAACUGGAAUUGCUUGUACACUGGCGAUUGGGGUCAAAUAUAUGGGCUUGUUCACUUAUCUGCUUCUAUUGGCUAUUGCUGGAGUACAUACCUGGCAGAUAAUUGGCGAUACAUCAUUAUCCAAUGUCACGGUGCUUUGCCAUGUACUGGCGAGGGUGUGUGCACUUUUAGUCCUCCCAGUAAUCCUGUAUCUGGGAUUCUUCUACGUCCACCUAACUUUGUUAUACCGCUCUGGACCACAUGAUCAAAUAAUGACAAGUACGUUCCAAGCCAGUCUGGAGGGUGGACUUGCAAGGAUCACCCAAGGUCAACCUCUUGAAAUAGCCUAUGGUUCCCAGAUUACUCUGCGGAAUGUUUGGAGCAAACCUGUUCCCUGCUGGCUGCAUUCCCACAAGAACAUGUACCCCAUCAGGUAUGACAGUGGCAGAGGUAGCUCCCACCAGCAGCAAGUAACCUGCUAUCCUUUUAAAGAUGUGAACAACUGGUGGAUUGUAAAAGACCCCGGCAAACAAGAGCUUGUUGUCAGCAACCCCCCUCGCCCAGUUCGCCAUGGUGAUAUUGUGCAGCUUGUCCAUGGGAUGACAGCACGUUACCUCAACACGCAUGAUGUUGCAGCUCCUAUGAGUCCUCAUUGGCAGGAGAUAUCCUGUUACAUUGAUUACAAUAUCUCGAUGCCAUCACAGAACCUGUGGAAAGUGGAAAUUGUUAAUCGUGACACUAAGAAUGAAGUGUGGAAAACUAUCUUAUCAGAAGUGAAACUUUUGCACGUGAACACAUCUGCAGUAUUAAAGCUUAGUGGUACAGCAUUGCCCGAUUGGGGGUAUCGCCAGCUGGAGAUUGUUGGAGAUAAAAGUUCCCAGGUUUAUCACCAGAACAUGGCAUGGAAUGUGGAGGAGCACCGUUAUGGGAAAAGUGAGGAGCAAAAGGAGAGAGAGCUAGAACUUCAGACUCCAGCACAGAUGGAUGUCAGCAAGAACAUCAGCUUUAUGGCUAAAUUCCUGGAAUUACAACUGAAGAUGAUGAUGUUGAAGAGUGAAGAGACUGAACACAAGUACAGCUCGACCCCUCUGGAAUGGAUAAACAUGGACACUAAUAUUGCCUAUUGGCUUCAUCCUAGCACCAAUGCACAAGUACAGCUGAUUGGGAAUAUUAUAACGUGGUCAUCAGCAACUGCUGGACUUAUUGUUUAUCUGGUGCUUUUCCUCUGGCAUCUGCUCAGGCAGCAUAGGAGAAUCUACACCAUCCCAGAAGAUUCCUGGGAGCAUUUAGUUCUGGCUGGGGCCAUCUGUGUUGGAGGAUGGGCUGUUAAUUAUGUGCCAUUUUUCUUGAUGGAGAAAACGCUUUUUCUGUAUCAUUACCUGCCUGGCCUCACCUUCAAAAUCCUUUUACUGCCCAUCGUUCUUGAGCAUAUCCACAAUCACAUCCUCAGGUCUUCUAUCUCUAGAAACACCUUCAAUGCCGUGGUCCUAGCAUGGAUCUCCUCCAUCUACUUGGUAUAUCAGACUUUUAGUCCCCUCACCUAUGGGUAUCCAGCUCUUUCAGCAGCUGAGUUAACUGGCUUGCGCUGGAAAGACAACUGGGACAUUCUCAUACGUAGACGGUAGCAUCUAUCUGAAGCAAAGGACAGCAAACUCACUACAAUAGGUUUGAGCUCUAACUUUGAAAUUCAGGCACUUUAAAAGAUUACAGUUUACAUAAAUUUAUGAUAAUUUUGUCAUCAGGAAAGAUUAUUGACAGUUAAUAAUUUGCUUGUAUGGGUGCUGUGAAGUAGCCUUCUGAUUCAGAUGGGAUACUGCUUUACCAUCAAGUAUUGAGAGCUCUACAGUGCAUCAGACACAGUAAUGUCUGUUUACCUUGUGGUGCUUAAUGCUAAUACUGGACACAAAGGAAUGUCCAGGACUGCUGAUGCCUCUUCGUGCUUUUUAAGGCAAAGAUUAAUAUCUGAAGAUAUUACAGUAUUCUAGUGUAUAUAACAUUAUAGUAUGAGCCAGAUUGUUAUGACAUUUAAGUAUUAUAGUUACUUCUAACAACCAAAUUGUGAUCAGUUUUGGCAGCUCCUUGUUGUGUUAGCUUUAGUGCCUUAUGACAGAAGAGCUCUCAAUGAGAGUUUAACACUGCUACUGCCAAUCUUGCCUUAAUGUAAAGGAACCUGUUUAAGACUGACAUUCAUGGUCCAUCCAAUUCAUUGAUCUGAAAAUACAUGUACACUACUUUUAAACCUGCUUCAAAGAAACUCUAACCCAUGUUUCUGUAAAUUAGUUGAUUGUCUUUAUUGAGUUUAUUAUUAUACUGGACUAAUGAACUAAGUUUGAACUUCGGGUUUGCAGUGACCAUUCCACAUGCGAUCGCAACCAAUGUGUAGAAUUUCAAACCUAGCCUUGCUUUGCUCUAAUUAGAGGUUUACUCGGAUGGUAUUAAAAUCAGGAAUACAAAUUGUGUACGUGCAAUGUCUUGUGUAUCACUGUUAAAGAUAAGUGUAUAGAUUGUGUCUUUGUACUGUACUCACUGUGACUGCCCAUUAAAGUUCUGUUGUUUAACGUA